CAGUAUAUAAAGCAGGACAACGACGGACGGAGGACGGCUGGGGAGUCGCAGCCCGGGAUUGUAAAUAAGACCGCAAGAACUGUGUUUUAUUUACAAAAGUGAUGCCGGCUGUUGUAGAGUACCGUUCCCAGUUGUUUUAAAGUCGUUUUUUGUAAUUUUUGGCUCUAUUUCUCGCCUAUUUCCGUGUGGUUUGUACACUACGCGAAUAAUGGCGAGCUCGGCUAACUCGAACCCAGUGGUAAGGAUCAAUCUCUAAGGACUGUCAGCGGGGAAAAAUGGGGGGUAAAGAUAAUAAUGGAAGCUGUCGAAGAGCUGGUUUUAUUUACUUCAGUGCAAAGGAUCUGCUUUUACAAUCACUUCACUUACAUUUUAAAUAAAACGAAGCUUUUACUUAGGUCAAUCGGCCAUUUUCACGAGUUUCUUAAAACUAGAUUGUUCUCUAAGAGCUUAGCAUCUGCUAACUGAUAUAGUAUUUUAUUAGACUAAAAAAUAAAGAGGGCUUGGAAACACAAGGCUGCUGGUGGAAUGCAGUUUUUGAGUUGUAAUAAGUGAGGUCUUUGUCAUGGUUGGAGCUUACAGUGGUGUUCAUGGUCGGUUCAUGACAGUUUCUGGGGCUUCUGAAAUCUAGUGUAAAUUGUCCUUUAAGUACAUAAAAAAAUAGGAUUUUCGGUUUUCAGUGGUCUUGCUGUUAUUUUGAUGAACGUUAAGGGUCAACUCAGUGCUAGUCGAUUACAAAAAGACAAGAUAGAUUUUAGCUUAAUUUUAAAAACUAUAUAUUGAAAGCCGAUGUACGCUAAGCACAUUGUCUAAUCCACGAUGAAGAUUAUUUAACGUUUAGAAAAAGAGAGAAACAUUUCAGUCGUUGGCCGUCAACGGUUAGUUUAAACGCCUCAUCAUUGUCCACCAUUCCACGACCCGAAGGCAGGAUAUUCGUCCCAAACCACCACUUUAUACCCAUCUCAUAACAAAAGUUGUCCUUUCUCCCAACUCGAAAAAAACAUAACACUUUAGUCAGGACAAAAACACCGAAAAAUAUCAUUGAGAUUCCGCCACACACAGUGUUAAGCACGGGGGCCGUCGAGCGCGCAGUUUGCCGCUCCGUAAAAUGGCUUCCACGUCGCCCCUUCGUUCCCGUUCUGGCCCUCCUCCUUUCUGCUGCCUGGUUUUAUACAGCCAUAUUGGCUCUCUAAUAUAGACUGCCCGGGAUGGGAAGGUGCUACUCGACGCUACGUCACCGGCUCUACAUAUAAACACCAGACUGAGCUUUAAAUAGUGGAGGAGCAGACGGGCCGGGAGGGAGAGAAGGAGAGACCGAGGUCCGUGCUGCGGACAUUGGGGACAAAGCGGCGCACUGCGGUGGCCUGUGUGUGUCUGUCGCGCUUAAGUGUUCACUGUACUAGUUCUCCCGGUUCAUAAAUCCUACUAUUGUUCUUUAAUAUUCGUUGUUGCUGUGCUUAACUGUAUCCCAAAGCGGUUACACUGUUUACCUUGUUUGUCGUGAUAGAUAGACAGACAGAGCUGCUCCAUAUGGAUUAGCAUUAUAACGCUACACUGUGUCGUGCAUACGACGAAGCUAAAUCCUCCGGAUUAUUUUGCAAGGGCUAGUUAAUCUUUCAAAGUGGAAUAGCUAUACAACUGACUAAUCUAACGGACAAAAUUAUGCUUCACAAAGAGACAUUAACUGUUUUGUAACACAGGGUGUAAUAUAUGUUUAGUAAGUUAACUGCUGUAUUCACUUUAAAACAUAUUCAGAACCCAACAGCCCUCUUAUUUAUGGAAGUAAAUCUGUGCCAUCUGGUUUUUAAUUUGAAUUUCUAUAGCAGAAUUUCUUUUUCCAUCAAAAUCAGACUUUGAAUUUCAAAACCAUCAAAUUUCAAGAAUGCAUUUUUAUUUCUUAAGGUCCUGUCACACCGGGACCGUUUUUAUCGUGCAAUUAUUUAGGAUAUCAAUACUUUUUCCCGAACCUGUAUUCUGUCAAUACAAGCGUUCACAUCAGCGACGUUUUCCCGUCCUGUGAUAUUGCGGCAUUUAUUUUUUCGCACAAAGACAAAAUAAAUUCGGUGUAAAAAAAUUGGUCUCUCAAAAUAUUUGUGUAGUAAAAAUUGGACUUCACUUGCAAACAGUGUAAAAAAAAAAAAAAAUCAACAUAAAAAAAAUGUCAGUUUAAAAUUUGAUCCUCAAAUUUUCCACUGGGGUCGGUGCCACAUGACCAAUCUAGCAUUAUUUGAUUGGCUGAUGAUGGAUGAUUGAGCCAGGAAUUGAUUGCUCUCCCUGGUUACCUGGAUGUUGAGUUGGUCUGUUUUACACAGAAAGUUGAAUUUUUACUAAACAAAUCCUUUUAGAGACCGAUUCUUUUUUUUUUUUACACUGAAUUUAUUUCAUUAUUGUGAAAAAAAUAAGUGUAAGAAAUAAAAACACAUGCUUGAAAUUAAAUAGUUUCGAAAUUCAAGGUCUGAUUUUGAUGCAAAAAAAUUCAGCUUUAGAAAUCCAAAUCCAAAAUCAGAUGGCACAAAUUUACUUCCAUACUAACUGUAAAAAUCAGCCCUGGAUGAACCAAAUACUUUACUUCUUGUUUUUUCUUUUUUUUUCAAACAGUAAUAAAAUGUUCUGUUUCUGUGUUUGCCCUUCCUCUCAGCCUAAACUUUAUAGGUCUGUGAUUGAGGAUGUGAUCAGCGAGGUGCGAGAGCUGUUCCUGGAUGAGGGAGUGGAUGAACAAGUGCUUCUGGAGCUGAAAACGGUAACCCACUGAGCUGUUGUUCUCAUGAAUAACUUUUUAAGCUUUGUCCUUGAAAGUUGUUCAGUAAUGUUCCUCAUUUAAAUAUUCUUCUUUUUCUAAUAAACUAGUUUCUCCUGACCAAGGUAAAAACUUAUCUGGCUCCACAUUGCUGCAUUUCAACCACUAAUCCUUUUUUUUAAACUUAUAUUUCUGUAACUAUUCAAUUUAAAUGUUUAAACCAAGUACACAGUUUCUUGCCUGAUUUACAUUUUGCAGCAGCAACUAGAUGCUUAAGAAAAGAAUAUAUGACCGUGGUUUAUGGAUAGUACACUAUAAGGCUUUUAUAGUACUCCUAUCUCAGGAGUCAUGCACGGCUAAAGAUUUAAAACUAACUCCAAAAAGUGAAGUACCCACCGCAGUACUCUUGAGUACACUCUAGAGUUCUAGCUCCCUUAUUUUAGACACACAGCUCUAUUUCACUGUACUGUAACAGCCAACUGGUUUCAGGUUAUUUUCAGAUAUCAGCCAUUUCUUUCUUGAUCUUUCUAUGCAGAAUGGUCUGAAUAACAGCGGUACUUCUGUAAAACAGUACUGGUUCUGAAAUACCUACAUUGCUUGACACUGAUACUGUCUUCUAACUAACAUUGUCUUUUUACCUCCGCCUGUUUCUUCAGCUAUGGGAAAACAAACUGUUGCAGUCGAAGGCAGUGGAGGGCUUCCACACAGAGGAGCAGGCCGCCCUGCAGGCCGCUCAGCAGCAGCAACAGCAGCAGCAGCAGGUUCAGCAGGUCCAACAGGUUCAGCAGGUCACCCAGCCGGCGCAGGCCCAGCAAGUCAUCCUGCCUCCUCCGCCGCAGCAGGGUCAGUCAGAUCUGCGUGAAGAAAACUUAUAAUCUGAAUGUGAAGAAGUCUUAUGCAGCCUUGAAAUCCACUCAGAGUAGAAAUAUGAAGUAUCCAAGAGCAUUCCUCAGACUAAAUUUACACAUCAGAAUCCUAUUAUUUUGAUGAUUGGUAAAUAGACUUUUUGACCGCUCACUUUAGUCCUUGUGUUCUCUGGGUGUAGGCUCUGGACUCAAUCAGCAAAACAAUCAAAUAAAACAAACAACUAGAUUUUAGGCUCUUCAGAACCAACCCUGCAAACACCAGCAGUGUCAACGUGAAUUCAUUACAGCCUGCAAAAGUUUGCCUAAUACAUCCUGCAAACGUUUAUGGAUGUACUGUAUAAACUUACAGUACAUUUCAUUGUGUUGGGCCUCUUCUCCUCUUAGCUGCCUGUCACAUAAACCCUGUAAUCACAGUGAGACUGGGAACCAAAAAUAUGUGAGGUUCAAGUUCAGAAAUGCAAGCAGAGCAGGAACAUUCAGGGCAUUUGAUUCAUUGAGUCUGGAGCCACCCCACAUGACCUGCAGAGCACAUACUGUACAUUCACACACUCACACACACAUAUCUCUUUUUUGUCUUGCAUAACGCUUUAACUCAAACUUGUUUCUCCACUCAGCUCCCCAGCAGCAAGUCAUCGUUCAGGAUUCAAAGAUCCUCCAGCACAUGAGCGCAACAGGGAUGGUGAGUAGAUAGUCUAUGUAUAUUGUGCAAACAGAAUAAGGCUUUGGAGUGAACAGGAGAUGCAGUGCUUGAAUUUUUUGAUCAUUAUUAUAUGAUGAUUAUGAGCAACAUUUUCAUAACGAGUUUUAGAAAUAUAUAAUUUACAAAUUCAAGAAGCAGGGGGCCCGUUAAAAACAAAGCGAGCAGGAACAGCAGGAAUGAUUCAGCAUGUGCCACCAGUGGGGCCAUUGCAUCAUUGCAUUAACGGGAGGCUUUAUUCAAUCACUGAAACCAACCACACAAACACAGCCCUGUUCAAACUGUUAAGGCUAAAACAUACAGGGUGCGUAUUUGGAGCCUUGCAGCAGCGUCGCAUAUCAUGCAGCAAAUAGGUUGCCAUUCUAAUCAAUGCAGCAAAGCAUACAGGAUGCGUAUCAGCUCUGUUGCAGCAUCGUAUCAAAGCAGCACUGCUAAAGGUACACGAUGAGUCUAUUUUUGCUGCUCUAUACUUCCAAUGGGCCUCAAUCCACACAGAAAAGAUGGUUCCAUACAAGAAGUCAAGCAUGAAAACCGCGCAUGUCAUCCAGUGUUUCAAAAUAAAACACCAUAUGGGAACUCCCGACUGUGUAUCAGUUUGUGUAGAUGAGAAAUACUUCCCGGUAACACAGAACAAUCCGACGGUCAAUCCUUGAUCCAUGUUGAACCCAACUGGACGUUUAACUGCUAACUCUGUCUAAAGGUGACAACACAGCAUAAAGGAACAUAGUUUACUUCAUUAAACACGAGUAAACCUGCAAAAACCCAAACUGUAAAAUCACGUUGUUUUUCCACAUACAGUAGAGGCUUGUACUUUCUUCGACUCACACAAGCAGUAAAGAGAUGCCAGUGGGACUCUUUUUCAAUUACAAACUUCAUCACACAAAUGCCCAAAGUCUCCCGCAAACACUACAGUAAUCAAAGCAACGACUUCGCCAUUAUGCCUCUGAGAAAAGUGCUGGAAUUGUUGCUUUUCUGUUUUACUUUACUGCACCGUGACACCAACAACAACAAAAAGCAGCCUCCUCUCUAAUUAAAUAUUUGUAUUGAGGUGAACAACACAAUAAUAGGGUCUCUGGGAUGUUAAUGUGUUUACAGGCUAACCAAGAGUAGAGGUGGAGGGACAUUAAAACCAGAGAACAGAGGAGCUGCGUUGUAGUCAGGGGAAAUACAGUGAAAAACACACCCUCCCCUUCAUCACUCCUCGUCUUCCUUUCACAAAGCAGCAGCAGUCCCCGUCUUUUAACAACACUUGUGUUCUGCGAGCCAUCUGUUAAUGUCAGGGCUUUCAUCUGCACCGAUGUAAUUUUCAUCUUCAUUCACAGACGCCCUCCUUCAGCUUCACUUGCAAAUUCCUCACCUUUAAACCAUCAAACCUGGCGAACGAAAUUAAUGAAUGCAAACACUUUUAUCAGGACAGCCACGAGAAAAUGAAUAUGAGACGUUUAAUUAUGAAGAGUGUCUGCUGUAUUUCAUAAAUAUUUAAGCAUCUCCUCCUGAGAAAUGUUUUUAACAACCGAGCCGUAAAUACCUGUUUGUGCUCAGUUUGUAAUUUUAAUAUCCCAGCAGAGCUUAACAGCUUAACCACUUAAAAAGUUACUCACAGGAUAUUUGAACCCUUAAACCUGUCUUUAGGAAGUUGUAAAGAAAAGUUUUGUCUGCAGGUUUCCUGUUUAUGAGCGAGUAUCUCACCGCCUCGUUUGAGCCACUUGAAAAUGUCUUUCCUCUCUUUGUCCCCUAGAGUGCAGCAGCGACUGCAGCAACCCUCGCUUUGCCCGCAGGGGUCGCCCCAUACCAACAGCUCAUCACCAGCCAAGGUAAAACACUCACUCAUGCUUUUCUGUGCGUCACAAAAGGACAACACUUAAAAUUGAAGAAUGAUGUUAUCUUUCUGGUCUCAACAGUUCUUAAGAAUGCAUGCUCCUUCACGUCACGUCACGUCUCCUCUGUUUUUCGCCUCUCAGGUCAGAUUCUGCAGGUGGUGCGUGCUCCCAAUGGAACUCAGUACAUCAUCCAGCAGCCCCAGCAGCAGAUCCUCCUGCAGCAGCAGAUGCAGCCUGGUGGCGUGCAGGCUCCCGUUAUACAGCAGGUACGCCCUUUCACACAGGUACGAUCUCCCAGUCUGGAUAAAAUGAGACAUAAUCAUUGAGAAUUCAAAUCAAUUCAUGUACAGAGGGUUGGCAUGUUUGCACGUUUCAUGUUUAACUUGGAGAGUUUAUGCAAGUAAUAACUGACCCGCCGUUUUUGUCCUUGACGAGCUAUACGUAUUAUCAAUAAGACUGAUUACUAUCAUCACACGGAGCCACUUUUUCUAAAUGUUUUGAUCUGUAUUAUUAUAAAAUAAUGCAAAUUAUGUUUCUAGCAAAAUCAAAAAUGCUCCCUGACUCUAUACAGAGGUUCUUUUCUAUUCAGGACAGUCCGUAUAAUCUCAUAGGUGUUUGCAAAUUUACUGUACAAAAAGCUAAAAAAGGUAUGAAAAGCAGAUAUGUCUCCAUUACUGGAGUUAAAUUCUGGAUUGAUGCCAACAUAAAUCCAAAAACAUGUCAUUUAAAAAAAAAAAUUGUUUGUAAAGCUAUUUUUGAAGCUUAAAGUGCAAUUAUUUAUCUGUUGUUGUGGUUUCUUUGCUUUUCUGGAGGUCGGUAGCAUUAAAAAGUUGACAAUACAGGAUAGGCUUUUAUAAGCAGUCUGCUUCUGCCUUUUCAGUCAAUAUUAAACACAUGAUUCUGAUUUAGUGAUUUAGUGUGAAAUGUCAAUAUUGUGUACAAUAUUUUGUGUUGUCAUGACUGAAUAAACGACUACUACUACUACUACUACAAAUACGCACGUUCAGCAACUUUAAAAACAGUAAAAACACAGGGUGUGUGUUCUUCACCUUGGAAACUUACUAUCAGCCUCUUAAAACUGAAGAUGUUAUUCCCUCCAAGGCAAAGAAAACACAUCACUACCCUCAGAUAAAAUCUGCUUUCUUUAUAUCGACUCUGUUUUUUUCCAGGUUCUUGCUCCUCUGCAGGGAGGCCUGCCCCAGCAAACCGGAGUCAUCAUCCAGCCGCAGCAGAUUGUUUUAGCUUCAGGAAACAAAGUCCAAGGCAAUGCACAGGUAAGCACUUCUUCACUUACUUCAUUACCAAUUUAAUUUCUUCUCCCAGCAAGUUUGCUCUACACUUGUAAGCAUUUGCUGGCACGCAGUUUUUCUCUCGAACACUGAUUGACGUCUUUGUCUGCCUUGUCCUGAAAAGCUUUUAUGUACGAGAAAUGCCACUUAACUGUCAUUAUCUAUCUAAUGUGAACAAUUACCUGUUAUCUCCAAACAGGUGAUGCAGGCAGCAGGUAUGGCGCAGCAGCCUGGACAGCCAACAACAACAGCAGCCCUGGUGCAGCAGCUUCAGCAGGCCCAGGGUGCAGCUGCCCCACAGGCCCAACCUCAGGCCCAAGCCCAGGCCCAGCAGCAAGCCCAGCCUCAGGCUCAACCCCAGCCUCAGACUCAGCAGCCGCCGAUGAUGCUGCAGGUGGACGGCACCGGGGACACCUCCUCAGAAGAGGACGAGGAUGAGGAGGAAGAGUAUGACGAAGAUGACGAGGAGGAGAAGGACAAGGACGGGGGAGAGGACGGGCAGGUUGAAGAGGUGGGAUGAAAAAGCCAAUACAGUCUUAAAGUUCUGAUCCUGAUGAGGAAAAUGAGGGAUAUUGUACUGUAUCAUAAAGACAUGAUAAUGAGGAGUCCUGUUAGAUUAGGGUCCUGUUAAAGAUUUUCAACCAUGUCUAAAACUUAGUUUUUGUUUUCUCUCCAGGAGCCUCUGAACAGUGGGGACGAUGUCAGUGACGAGGAGGACCAGGAGCUGUUCGAUACAGAGAAUGUAGUGGUGUGCCAGUAUGACAAGGUAAAGACUUAUCUUAAGAGUUGGUGUAAGAGACACAAUUUUAAUCUCAUUUUAUCAUCCGUGUCCUAUACCCUAAUUCAUCCAGUAUCCCAGUGUGCGCGCAUUGCACCUUUAUACAGUAGCAUAAAAUGAACAAACAAGUAACAUGAGUCUCUAUGAGUGAGAGUUUAAUGAGUGGCAAGCUGAAAGACAAAGAGGAGAGUGGUUGUUGCUUUUGGGGGUAAAAACUUACAAAUGGAGGAUCAUACUUCGAUCUCCUCGUCCUCAAAAGCCACCAUCCCUUAACCAAUGGGAGGGGUGAGCAUGGGAGCACGCUAAUCUAGAAUGCAACCCCUUGAUGUCACUACAUGCUCCAAUAUCUACACACCUCAUAACUGUCAGCCAUAUCACAGGCUGAGAUCUACUCUCAUUGUCAGUCCCUUGUAACACUGCGAUAGCAGAUGGUACAACAACUGCAGGUUUGUACAUCCGGUACAACUUUGAUUCUGGGUUUUGCAGAAUCUACCCAACGAGGGAAAACAUGACCGAAAAAGUCACGCCACAUCUCUGAUUUGUUAAAAUCUGUGGAUGUAAGACGUACAUCGAAGCCGUCUUGUUUUAAUUGCAUCUUUAGAUCAUUUGUUAUUCGACAGGUCACCUCUUUGACCAGCAAAUGAUAUUUAAUGGACCUCAUGUCUUGUAAUAACCAAAAAGACACCAAAAGAACGGUCAUGAGAGUUUUAUUACAGACCUAUGUGAUGCUAUUUCACUGCUUUUGAAGAGCUCUCCUCUCAGGCUGAUCAAUUUGGCAUCUGGCUGAGUCUUCUGCGUGCAUGGGUUAAAGACAUUAGAGGCAGCGUCCACUGAAAGAUGAAACAGUGUCCAUCUGUCCCCGACGCCCACACCAUUCAUUUCCUUUCUUCACUUCACAGAUUCACAGAAGUAAGAACAAAUGGAAAUUCCACCUGAAGGACGGGAUCAUGAAUCUGAACGGGAGAGACUAUGUCUUCUCCAAAGCCAUUGGGGAUGCCGAAUGGUGAAGUAGACAGAAACAAACAAAAAAACGAUAAAACAACAGGAGCAGGAACUCUGUAACUCCUUCUAUCCAGUCAAACGGACACUUCAGUUUCCUUCCAUAUCCUGUGACUGGAUUCAUUUCAGGAAAUCUUUUCUGAGUCUUUGAGAACUCUGGUAAAACCCAAGGGACUGUGAGGUACCGUACAAACCCGAGGGUCGUCAGAAACACUCCACAAAGCCUUGUGGGAUGAGAAACCUACAGAGGAGGGGAAGUCCUGUGAGCGGAGCGGUCUUGUGAUCUUUUUUUUUUUUUCCAUUUUUUUGGCUUUUCAGGCUUCUCUUACCUUUUUCCUGAGAGAAAUCACGUGUUGCGGAAAGUAAGCAUUUCACAUCGUACAGGUGUAGUGGACCAGGGUGACCUGACCUGCCCCUGCUAUGGGAGGUCAGAGGUCAUUCAUUAAACCCUGUAGAUGAGUAACACCUUCACGAUGCACUGUAGUCGGUUGACUGGAUUGACAUGCGUCUACAUUCAAGCCCAAACUUAGUGCCACCAGUCAAGAUCGCUGCCUUUAGAUCGGCCAGAAUCACCUUUUUGGCUUCUGAUUUUUGUUCUCAGAUCAUUUUCGUGACUAUGGUGCUCCAGAGUGUUUUAUGUAGUUAUUAUUUUAAACAUUUUUUUAAACAUGUUCAACGUAGGGUCAAGGCAAAGCAGGCGGAGUUACAUUAAUCCUUAAAUAACUAACUCGUUUGAAGGUAUUUUUUUAAUCUUUAGAAGUGCUGAAUCCAAAAAAAAUACGGUUCAUUUCCUCACCGGCUUCUCUGGAGCUUCAUUCCAUAUUUGUCCCCAAAAAAUCAUCGAAAGAAAAAGGAAGAUCCAACACCGAACUCAUUUAUGAAUUGUACAAAAAACAGUCUGAAAGUUAGUCCUGUCGGUGUAUCUUCUUUGCUCUUAUUUUAGUUCACUGCAGCCGUCGGAAAAUUUGCACUGUCAGUUUAUCAAUGUGUUGUGAAUCAGUCAGUUGCUUUAAUCAAUAGCCACAGCGUGCUCUGGUCUGUCUUAGUGUGUGAGUGUGUGUGUGUGUGUGUGUGUGUGUGUGUGUGUGUGGGUGAGUGAGUGAGUGAGAGUGAGUGACUGGCUUACAACGUGUAUGUGUGUGUGUGUUGAUUUGAUGAGUGUUGUCGCAGCUUCUUUUGUUUAAGUCUAAUUUCUUGCACACCCUGGUAGUUUUUUUUUUUUCUUUUUUUUUGUAGUCGGGUCAGGACAGAGUCCCCCCGCCCUCAUCCCCUUUUUUUUAUUUAUUCCUGAAGUUCAUAACAUGUUAUAUUUUUGAGAAGUUGGAAAGCCGCACCAAACUGUGCUCUUAUAAUCAAAUAAGUGUUCCUUUUUUUUUUUUUUUUUUCUGUUGGCUGGACAAAGCGACUUGAUGCUGUGUUCCAAAUCAUUUCGUCCACCAUAUGUUCUCCUGUGCUUUUCAUUUUAAUCAUAACUUUUAAAUGAAAAUAUUUUCUAUCAAAGUGAGUUGAACUCGGGGCCCGUGUGUUUCUCUGCAGUUUGUUUUUAGUGCCCCUGUUGCAGCAAUUUCAAAUAAAGUACGUGUUUUUUCGACUGUUGUGUUUGGUUGGUGGUUGGAUCUCUAGAGUUUGAAAGAAGCUUCACUGACACAUCCGGAUGAAUAAAGGAAGGCUUUCUAAUCUAUUUUGUCUUUUCAUAAACUAUAUUGUAAUUGGAAGAAGAAAAAUGUGUUUCAUUUCAAUUUUAAAAAGUCUAUUUUGUUUUAUAUUCCACAUUAAUGCUAAAUGACAUGAUGACCGUCACCUUUAAAUUCUGAAAGAAUAAAUAAAAAGUGCCAAUGGGAGUGUUUCUGGUCCAAAUGGAGCAUGCUUGUAGGACAAAUUCAUUUUAAAAAAUCCUGAGCUUUAAGUAUGACACCCAGUAGAUCGAAACAAAAAUCCACUUAGCUCAAAUUAACAAAAUAAUUUGUCAGUCUUUUCUCAUUGAAUGUUGCGUGUGCCUUUUGAGCUUUAGUUUCCUGACACUCACAAAAGAUGAUGAGCUUCUGAAAAGUAUGUUUAUCAAAAAAAAUGUAUCUCUGCUUUUAAUCGUUUUGUCGUGUGUGUUGUAGCUGCUGUUCAGAUAAUGAAGGAAAUGUAAUGUUCAUAUUCAUUUAAUUUUCUAAAUUAAAACAAGUUUGGAUGAAAACACAAA